UGGUGAGUGAGUGAGUGACGAAAAUCAGAAUGUACUGUUCUAAUGCGUGUAAUCUGCCCUACUCCGAUGUCAACAAGAUCGACCAGGGGCCGAGGACCAAAUCCUGCGGAUGGAAUGGAGAGUGUCGAGGUGAGGGAUGGAUUUCGAAGACGGACCGUUGUUCCCGUCCAGGAGUGACUUCCCUCCUCCGGACGCUGCCGUGGCGUCACUCCCUCGUCCAGAAGCCCCCCGAGACGUCCCUCUACUCAGGAAUGUCGAAGGAGUACUGCAUGUACGACUCGGGCUAUGCAGGCGACGGCUGUCCCACGGAACCUCUCAAGUUCCCCAAUCUCGUCACCGGGUUCAACGUCAAUGCUGCCCAUGCCUCCAGAACAGCCCUCUACACGAGAUACUCGCCGUCCGACUGGCAAGCCAACAACCAGCAAACCUACACGGGCUCCGACUGUACUCGCAACACGUCCGAACUGGUUCGUGCAGAGGCGUUGCGUUUGGUCCGGGAGACGGACGACCGCUCUUCGCGAGGACAGAUGGACUCCUCCAAAAAGCUGGGGGACCGUUUAGCGGACAUCAACUAUUGGAAGCAGGAGAUCAUGAAGGAGCUCGACGUCAAUGUUCACGAGUCGCACAAACUCCUCGAGACGAGGCAAACGUUGGAGCGGAUGAUUAAAGAGUUGGACGGACCGUUGCACAUUGCGCAGGAGAAUUUGUACGCGAGAGAGGCGAGGCAGGGCGUCGACCUCGUCCACGACGCUGCUGAACAAGCCUUGCUCUGCGAGAUUGAGACGAUUCGUGCCUGGCAGCAAAAGCUGUGUCAACAACUGGACGGGAUAAACACGCACCUUGCUCGCGGUCGUGCGGCGCGCCAUGAGCUCGAGCGUGACCUGCAGAGGAAAGAGCAGGCCUUCCAAAUCGACACGGGAGCCGCGCAGCUCAACAACAACUCGAAAGAUAUCGCUUUCCACUCUGGAAUCGAGAAGAUUGACCCCACGGUGAGCAUUCCAGAGACGUGGGCCGGGUUCACGGAGGCAUUGUUGAAGCGAUCCAAGGCGGAGAGGGCAACGUCGCAAAAGGUUCACGCCAUGAUUGACAACUUGCUCGUCCAGGCAGCCAACGAGACUUGGGCCGCGUGGAAUAACACCAACAACGCGUUCGCUCUCAGAAUCGCGGAAUUGCUUGAUGCCAAGAACAAGAUUGCGUGCCACUUGAGCAAGGUGCAACAGGAAAUUUACGACAUGGAGAAGCACAUGGACAUCAUCCGAAAAUCGAUCGAGGACAAGGCUCCAUCCCUCAAAGUGGCGCAGACCCGACUCGAACGACGCACCCACCGACCGGAUAUUGAGUUGUGUCGAGAUGAAGCCCAAUUUCGUCUCGUGUCCGAAAUCCAAGAUGUGAACGAGACAUUGGAACAGUUGCAGAGAAAGUUGGGCGAAGUGGAGGCCGCGCAUCAGCAGCUCCUCAAGGUCAAGGCCUGCUUGGAACAUGACCUCAAAAUCAAGGCCAACUCCCUCUUCAUCGACCGGGAGAAGUGUCUCGGUUUGAGGAAGAGCUUCCCCAUCACCACCUUCGUCACCCAGAGGCAGACCUGUUAACCAACACAACAACCAACCAAUCAACCCACCCAGGAAUUUUUACAUGGAUAAUAAUCUCUUGAAAUUUUAGGUGCUAGAUUUUACCUCACUCUUACGUAUGAUAAUUAUCUAGAAAAACUUUGAUACGAUACGUAUGCAAAUAUGUAACUAAUAUGUAGAAUGAUCUCCGGUGGUGCUACUUACAUAAAUAGAACCGUGUCGACCACGCACUAACCCAUUUAAUAAAUAACAAAAGUACCAACUUUUCACAUUUUCUCAAAAUUUUAUUAACAAUUCAUCAAUACUUUGCAAAUAGGGUCAAAUUUUUUAUACCAUAAUAAAUCAUGAUUUCAUUAUAUUAUUCUAACGUAAAAUUAGAUCUGUAUGGUAUUCAGAAUUAAUUACUACAAAGUUUCUUGAAAAAAAUAACUAA